UGUGAGCAGAGAGACAGGAGCAGAGCUGCUUCUCUCCUCUGGAUGCAAACUUCCACCAACAUCCUCCAACAUGCUUGAAUGGAAAACGUGCUGGAGCUCCAUUUGAUGGCUUCUCUGCAGCAUCACCAUCGGGGCUUCAUUGGGAGGAAAAUGCAGUUUGACAGGAUUCUAUGGAAGUUUUUGGAGGAUUUCUAGAGUGGGUCCUGUUGGGCUUGGGCCCCGCAGAUUGUUGCAUAGAUUUUAUUUGAUUAAAUUUUUUUAAUGCUUGGUGUAAUUCUCUUUAAAGUGCACAGAGCUACGAGGUCUUGUUAUGGAAAACCUCACCAUGAAUAACCUGACGAUGGAGAAUGACACGUCGGAGCACCACAACCAGACCCUGGGUGUUUGGACCGACUACACACUCGAAUACAAAGUGGUCAGCGUGUUUCUGGUGUCCCUCAUCUGCGGGGUGGGGAUCGUGGGGAACAUGAUGGUCAUCCUGGUGGUCCUGACCACCAAGCACAUGCGGACUCCCACCAACUGCUACCUGGUGAGUCUGGCGGCCGCUGACCUGAUGGUGCUGACGGCCGCCGGGCUGCCCAACAUCACGGACGCCCUGCACGGUCAGUGGGUGUACGGCUACGCGGGCUGCCUGGGCAUCACCUACUUCCAGUACCUCGGGAUCAACGCGUCCUCCUGCUCCAUCACCGCCUUCACCGUGGAGCGCUACAUCGCCAUCUGCCAUCCCAUCAAAGCGCAAUUCUUGUGCACUUUAUCCAGGGCGAAGAAGAUCAUCAUGCUGGUGUGGGCGCUCACGUCUGUCUACUGCGUCAUGUGGCUCUUUCUGUCAGACACUAAAAAGUUGGUGUACGACAACGUGGUGCUGCUCAACUGCGCCUACAAAGUGUCCCGGAGCCACUACCUGCCCAUCUACUUCACGGAUUUCACGGUGUUCUACGUGCUGCCCCUGAUGCUGGCCACGGUGCUGUACGGACUCAUCGCCAGGAUACUUUUCCUGAACCCGCUGCCUUCCGAUCCCAAGGAGAGCUCCAAGAAGUGGAAGAAGGAGACGAGCCAGGGCGGGAGGAUGAUCAGCAGCAGCUCGUCCAGCAGCACCACGGCCGCCUCCCGCAGACAGGUGACAAAGAUGCUAGCUGUGGUGGUGAUCCUCUUCGCCUUACUGUGGAUGCCCUACCGCACCUUGGUGGUGGUCAACUCCUUCCUGGACCGGGCCUACCUGGACACCUGGUUCCUGCUCUUCUGCCGUCUGUGCAUCUACCUGAACAGCGCCAUCAACCCGGUCAUCUACAAUGCCAUGUCCCAGAAGUUCCGCGCUGCUUUCAAGAAGCUGUGUCACUGUGGCCCUCAGCGCAUGGAGAAACCCGCCUCCUACAGUGUGGCGCUCACCUACAGCGUUAUCAAAGAGACGUCCAACGGGGAAAGUCCCGACCACUUCACCACAGAAAUGGAUGAGCUGCGCACGCCGUCGGAUCAGUACCUUCCUGCCAGCAUCCUGCCAAGUGCCAAGAAGAGGCCCUAUGAGGAGCCUUCGCUGUCAGGCAGAGAUGUCAAAGCCUGACUAGAAACCAACUUUCCAUCUAAUGAGAGCAUGACAGAGACUGACAGCUCCAGUAUGGAUUCGGUCAAGUUUUAAUUAAAAGUAACCACACACUUCCAGUUUAAUUUCCCCAAGGUGUUUCCUCUUGCAAAUAUUUCUUUUAUUUGACAAGGCCAUUUGCCUGAUGCUAAAUUGGAUGUAAUGAGUUGAGUUGGAUAUACUUAAGGCGUAUUAGCCUUUUGUACAAAACUAGUGAAUAGAUUAUGAAUUGUCACAAUUUACUGAUAGAUCCGUAUCGAUGAUUCUCAACUCUGAAGAGAAAAUCUCUGCCUCUGUUUAUUGACUGAAAAAUAGGAAAUUUUAAUUAUUAAUGUCACGCACCCAUCUCCUAUGAUUUGUGAGAGACACCUUUUGUAUAAAUCUUACCCUAACGUUAAAAGAUAAACUUGUAUGAGAGCAGUUUGUUAAAAAGUUGCACGGUUUGUUUGGUUGCAGCAGACGGCUUCUUCAUUUCUCUUCCUGUCCACUCUAAACAGAAUCACAGUGUUAAAUCAGACACUACAUUAGCAGUCAGUCAACAGCAAGAAGUUUCAGCAGUGGGUGUCGUAUGUCUGGGUGAAAAUGCAAUCGAUAUUUUGAGAAAUAUCCGCUAAAACCUCCUGCCAUUACUGACCUUCAUAGUGAGUUUCAGUUCACUGUUUUGCCCACAGUUUAACUGUUUGUUCACUCUCAGCGUUCACAUAGCGACGCUUUAAAACGAAAGACUCUUAAACCCCACUUCACGCCCCCCACUCCACAUCAAACAGCAGAGAGACUAAAUUAGCGGCUGCUGCUGGGAAACACAGCGGAGCAUUUAGCAGGAACAGGGUCAGACAUUUGCCCCAGCAGUGACCUUUUGGUAGAAUUAAUAUUUGCCUUUCCAGGUGACCAGAAACACACUUUCACGACCUCCGAAUGACCAAAACAUUUUCUUGCAGGCUGUUUUUGAAACCACUCCCUUGUUCACUCAUUCACUACUGACCCUCUACACAUCAUCAGCCAAGACGUUGUUUUUACCUCAUUUAUCCGCUGCAGCUUUUUACUGCUCAGCUGUUGCUUUCUAUUCAGCUAACUUUAUGAAUUUCAUUAUUCUGGGAAAGGGGCUGUUUCUGUGACCAAUGUUGGAUUUUGUUGCAUUUUUUCACAGAAAAGUAGUGUAAGGGAUUACAGUUUGACAUUCAGGGAUUACACACUACUUCUAAGUACUAGUAGUCCAGUAUAGCUCUGUUACAUUGACAAUCUGGGGGACAAUUUAUCGAUAGUUUUAGAAAGGGUUGAUAUCAGGUAUCUGUUAACUUGGUGCAGGAGAUGGAGGUAUGGGAAAACCAGCAGCAAAAGAGAAGAAAAACAGUUUUAAAAUGAUCUUAUGGUGUAUCUUAUUAGCUGUCUUGGUACCGUUACACACUGGUAAGGACACAAUGUAGAAAGGGUUAACUAGCUACUGCUGAUCAGUAAAUACCUCCAAAACUACAUGUUGGCUGAAGUUAAACCAUGUUGUUCUUUUUCUGUGUGUGUUGACAACUUAAGAUGCAGCCUGUGUGUGAUGUAAAUGCAAGUACUUCUUAUGUUGAGUAAAGUAACUGAACUGAAUUAUUCUUAAAUGAGAAGUAUGUAUGUGUUGAACAUUUUUUUAUCUGCCCAUAUGAUUGGUUUGAAUUUUCUCUGUUGGGAUUGUUUGCAAGGAGUGCAACUUCUUAAUUGUAUAAGACUUUCUCCUUUCCUUAUCAAGGGAAUUUCCUUUCAUGUUUAAAUUUACUGUUUACUUUGUAUCUCCCACCUCUAGGAUAACACUUUAGCUUCUCUACUGUGUGCAGAUAUUACAGAUGUAGCAAAAGUCCUCUUUUUGUGCAUCCCCACCAGACAAUAUGUAAUUCAAAUGAAUCUAAAUGCACACCUCCAUGACCUUUAAUCUAGAUACUAGAGAGAAAGCACAGAUAUAGAAUAAUGUGACCUUUUAAAAAGGCCCAGCCAGAGAAAGGGACAGAUAUAACACUCAAUUAAGCCUGAUGUAUCAGUUUAAAAUCACCUGAACUCUAAUUAUUCCUGCAGGAAUGUCAGUCUUAAUAGUGACAGACACACCAAAGCCUUGUUUUGCUUUGCUCUCCGUUAAGACGACAUCUGUAGGUUCACUGUGGAGAACCUGUGAAGGCCAGUGUAUCAUAAUGAGGGUGAAAUGAGUAGCUCUGAUGUGCCGACAGAGAGGCUGUUUGUUAAAGGGUCAGAUAACUGGCGUGGCAGUAACUCACUGAUAAUGGCUCAGACUGCAGAAUGCAGCACUUUUCUGUGAUUUAUCUGCUCAGCAAAAAAAUCAAAAAAUAAAAACCCACAGAGCAGUGGUGGAAUAAUUAACUAGACUGCAACAAAGUGCAAGACUUCAGUUGGUGCAAUCCACAGCAUGUACAUAGCUCACCCUGCUAUUAAUGGAAGACUUUCUGCUGUUUCUUGGAGCAUAUAUGUAAAUUGAGCAGCACUCAGAGGGAAUGAACACUUAGUGAGCUCAGUGAAAAGCACCUGUUUCUCUUUGAAAAGCAGUCUUUUUUGUCUAUAUUGUAAAGUUGCUUCAAAUUGAUUGUGCAGUGCAAUGUGAAAUUCAUUGAGUAUUGUGUUUUCAAAUGUGUGCCAGCGAAUGCAUUUGUCAAAUAAUAGCCCAUUUUCAUCUAUCGUUCCAUCAGCGUGUGUGCUGCCAUUCCAAACCAGUUGGUGGGAGGUAAUCUCCAAAGUGGAACAGGUGAGAAAACAUGAAAACAAAAACAGUUCGAAGCCUGUAGUGUAAUGUGAUGUACCUCUAAUCUGUACACUUAUUAAUCUACCACCUUGUUCUCAGCUGAAAUGUGUUUGAUUUUUGGACAAACUCCAUGCAGUUGUGUUGGAGAUGUGUUGUGUUCUGCACGGCGCACAGUUCAGAGCAUGAACACAGGCUUUUGUGAUGUGGAUACAAAACUUGAUACCUGAUGUAUUUCCAUCUGAAGCAACUGUUUGUGCACGUUGCUGUCUUGAGGUAGCUUUUCUCUGCUCUUGCUGUUUGAUGGAUUGUUUUGUAUUUUGUAUUGUUCUUUGUCUACAAUAAAGACAGCAAUUACAGCGCCA